CGUACCGAUCCGUGCCAGAUGAUAGAGCUGAUCUCGUCGCGUAACCCCUCUAUUUCGGACCGCGCGUUGGAAUUAUCAACUCUAGGUCCUCGCCCGACCCAUGACUCUCAUCUCUUUUGCUCAGAUAACGAUAGCUAAUUGGCGCAAAGAAGAAGCACCCCUUCGUCCAAUGGUCCCUGCCAAGGACGUCGUCGGUCAUUGAGAGGGACGUACUUAACUGCGACCGUGUGACCAGUGCUAUGUGACCGAGUCCUCUCCUUUCCCCAGCUUCCCUAUGCCCAAAUGUUAGGCAAGAUGAGCGUCGCUCCAGGAGCAGACAACUUUGACGAUGAAGGGGCGCGAUACAAACGCCAGAGAAUGUCCUCGCCCUCACCAGCACCUACCCUUGUGACAGAUCCCCGGGAUACUGCUACCGCUAUCACGAAAGCGGAAUUACCGUUACGACCACUUACCGUCGACGAGCAUCCUGUCCAUAGCCAACGACAAUGCCGCAUUUUCCAACUUCCCUUCGAACUUCGAGAGAUGAUUUACGACAUGGUCUGCGUCAACGAUGGCGUAUCGGCAGUCAUGGGAAGAAAUACAAGUCGCCAUGCAAGUCAAGAUUCGGCCAAGGAGCCGGCGUUCCUUCGAAGCUGCCGGCUAGCACGCCUCGAAGGUCAACCCAUCUUCUACCAGAAGAACGACUUUGUGGUCAGGCGUCGCGACUCGAUCAACUUCCACCCUCGGCCGCUCGUCGAUGAACCGAUCGCAUACCCUUACAGCUCUUUCAACACUGGUGUUCCCAGGUGGUUGGACAACAUGAGCAGCGAGAAAAUCGGUAAGAUCCAAACAGUGGUGCUUGUGCAGAUAGCACGAGGAGUGUACAAGGACGCAUACAACGAGUGGCAUCGCGACGGAUCGGCCAUGUUUCGCAUCAAGUACUCGAAGAAAAGACCGAGUGGCUAUGAGAUUCAAUAUGUCCGCGUCGACACGAGCGGACGAUCAGACAGAUAUGCUGAAAGGCUCCGAGAGGCUCUGGAAAUGAGAAUGGACAAAUUGGUAAAGGACCUGGGCAUCAAGCAGUGGAAUAGGCAGUCGAUAUGGGAUAUGGCGUAUCUUCUGUGAGCUGGACCUCGGGUGGUGUGAUCAACAUUGACGAAUGGGUGGCAUGGUGUGGGACAUUGAAUAUGGCAGGUGCAUGGGUUGAGUUCGGUCGUUGGGCAUUUGUCGGAGUUGGCUUGGUAUACCGGAAGGCGUAAGCAUUGGAUGGCGGGGCGUAAAGGUUGUGUUUUCUCGUCAGCUUAGCAGCAUACUCAACGUUAUCAGAUUUGUGAUGAAAAUCAAAUUCCCAGGACUCAAGUGAAGGACCCGG